UUUCGGUCUUUUCUCUCACCACGCAUUAUUAACUCGUUUCAAAUUCUCUCUCCCACUCUCUCUCUCUCUCUCUCUAGUUUCCUCCGUAAAGAGCCGUUGGCCCGUUGCUUCCGGAGUUCUCUGCAAUCCAAUCCAAGAUUCCUGUCCCGCUCCUCUCCCUCUCGCUCUCUUACCGGAGAAAACUUGAGGGAUCCGAAGCUUCUUUCUUCCCCGGGAACUUGCCAGUUGGAAAAAAAAUGUCUGGAUUGACGAAAUCUCCCUUAAAUAGAUUCUCCAAGCACAACAUUGGUGGAACCAAGUUUUCAGGGAGUGGUAGCACCAACCCUUUUGAUUCGGAUGACGAGCUGGAUAAUAAGCAAAUCCGUAAAAGCUCGGGAAAAACAUCCAAACACAAUGCAACCAAUGGCAAGUUCUCUGUGAACGGCCGCUCCAAUCCUUUUGACUCUGAUGAUGAGAUAGACAAUAAGCUAACACUGAAAACCCCGGGAAGAAAAUCCUCAGAGCCUUCUCGCUUUUCUCCCGGCUUGGGUACAAAUCCUUUUGAUGACGAUGAUGAUGUCAAGGAUACAUCAUCCUCUCGGAUCUAUCAUGCUUCAGCAACAAAAAAUAGAUACAAGAAUGGUUUCCGUGAUGCAGGAGGGUUAGAGAAUCAGACUGUAGAGGAACUCGAGAGCUACGCUCUGUAUAAAGCUGAGGAGACUACAAAUGCGGUUAAUAACUGUCUCAUGAUUGCUGAGGACAUGAGAGAAUCCGCGACUAAAACAUUGGUAACUCUGCAUCAACAAGGAGAACAACUUACACAUACUCACAUGGUUGCUGCCGACAUUGAUCAGGACCUUAGCAGGGGUGAGAAGCUUUUAGGAAGCCUCGGGGGCAUGUUCUCCCGGACAUGGAAGCCUAAGAAGACUCGCCCAAUAAGCGGCCCUGUAAUCACAAGAGACGAUCCAGUUCUUCGGAAAGGUAACCACUUGGAGCAGAGGGAAAAAUUGGGAUUGAUUUCUGCCUCAAAGGAACGACGCCGUACAGGCGCAGAAACCACCACCGAGCCCGCAAAUGCAUUGCAGAAAGUCGAGGUCGAGAAAUUGAAGCAAGACGAUGCUUUAUUGGAUUUAAGUAAUAUUUUGGGAGAGCUUAAGGAGAUGGCAUUGGACAUGGGAUCUGAAAUCGAUCGGCAAAACAAGGCGAUGGACCAUUUUCAGGACGACGUGGAGGAGCUAAGUUUCAGAGUGAAAGGCGCGAAUCAGCGCACGCGCCGUUUACUUGGUAAGUAGCUAUUUUACGACGAAGAUAACUAAGCUUUACUACCAUUGCUCGAUUUAUUAGCUAGACAGAAGUUUAUAGUAUCGUUGGCAUUUUGUCUUGCAUUGUUUCGACUACAAUGACGCCGGCAUUAUAUGAUUCGGAUCGUCGGUUUCGUUGAGAUCUGACUAACUAAACUGUGGAAAAACAUAACAUGUGUUUGCUUAAUGCUGGAAUUUGUAGUGUUGGAAA